ACGGCUUUCUAGUCAGUAAGGUGAGCACGUUCACUUUGAAAACACUUCCAGAGCUGGAACCGGCGACCCUACCCGUCACCCUCUUCGCUCCUCUCCAUUAAAACGGCCUGGCCGGACGACCACCAGUUCGGGUGCCCAUGACCAUGCGUCCAAAGACCGCUCGUUGCAUGAAAGAAGCGUGGAGAGUUGUUAGUACCGCGACGAUGCUCCUCGCCGCCCGUCUCCACAAUACCAAAGUAAAACUGGAAUAAGCAGAGGAAAAACUCGGCGGACUUUACUGGAUUCUUUUCCCCCCCAAGACUGGACAACGAGCCGUACACCGAGUGGGCCAGCGAACCUCCGAGUCGGUCGUGACCACGACCAUUUUUUUCCCCCUCCCAAAAAUGCACUUACAGCUCCGCGUCCUUCCUCGGAAGAUGCCCGGGAAGUGUGAGUGACAGGUCGGCCACGGCGGUGCAGAUUCACCCCGCUGUUCCUUCCCCAUCAAGAAACUAUUUCUUAAAACCAUAUACCUCCAUUAUAGUACACCCUUUUCAUUUCAUGAAACCAUUUUCAGCGUGGAAGAGGACAUUUUUGUGUGAUUUAUGAUUUUUUUUGGUGUCGCUUCGGAACUUCCAAAAGGGGGGGUGCAAACGCUCUCUUUUGGCCGGGAGAGGACGCGCAUCGACGGGGCUCCGGUUGGUGAAGCUCCCCGGUCAGGGAACCAAUCAACCAUCCAUCGAUUCACCUGAGAGAGAACCACUCAUUCUGGAUUACAACAUUCCACCUGCUGGGGAUUCUACCAUGGCAGGUGCACGGGAUUGCACACGGACGCUCUUCAUCUACGUGGUGAUGGAGGCUCUUUCAUGUGCCCUCGCCGGCAAAGUCUCGCCCACCGGUUCCGAUGCCCUCCUCAGUUCCUCGCCGGUGACGGCCCGUCCCUCGCCGCCCGCCAUCUACCUGCCGGCCAGCUUCAAGAUGUCCAACGUGCAGCUGGCCUUCUUCUUGCGCAAGGCGGCUCAGGCGUCGGGAGCGAGCCCGGCCCCCGGCCACCCGUUGCAGCGCUCGGAGAGUUUUGUGGUUUUCCAGACAAAGGAGCUGCCGGCGGUCAACAUUAGCUUGGGACCUUUCGUCCGUGACCAGACGCUGUCCAAGGAGCUGCUCCAGCCGGCCAGCCCGCUGGACAUCUCCGGCCAGCUGACGGUCAACUGGAAAGUGCGCGCCUUCAUCGUGCAGCCGCGGGUGUUCUCCAACAACGCCGCCGUGCAGGUGUUCUUCUACAUCGCCGGCCGCGAUUGGGACGACUUCAAAGCGCAGGACAAGCUGCCGUGCGUCCGUCUCCACGCCUUCCGGGACGUGCGGGAGAUGAAGACGUCGUGCCGCAUGAAAGGCAACCUGGCGCAGUGCUUGGCGCGGCUGGACCUGCCGCCGUCCUGGUUCAACGCCAACGUGGCCCCGCUGGGUCGCCGCAAGGGCGACGGCGGCCCGACGGGCGAGACCCUGCGGGCGGAGCUCUACUACACGCUGCGCGAGCCCGACGCGGACGGCGGAUGCGGCGAGGGGGCGGGCCAGCGGGGCGGCCGGGGGGAGGCCCCGUCGCAGCACCCCCUGCUGCGCAUCGGGAGCAUCAGCCUGUAUCAGGCCAGCCGCGAGCAACUGCUGGUGGACAAGCAGCUGGACAAGAACAUGUUCCUCAGGCUGCCCGAGAAGCCCCUCAAGCCCGGCGAGACCCUCAGGAUCUUCUUGUACUUGAUGCCCAACUCCACCGUGGAGCAGUUCAGCCUCAAGGUGAAAGCUAAAAAAGGAGUGAACCUGAUCCAGACCACAUCCAAGAACGCCCAGUGGAAGGUGGACUGGGAGGUUCUGUCCGGCGCCAAGCAUUCCAUCACCACCAUCGACGUGAACAAGAACAAAGCGCUCAAGCAAGGGGAGGCGGCGGGCAACGCCGAAGUGAUGCAGCUCGACUUUGAGAUGGAGAACUUCACCAGCCUGUCGGUGACUCGCCGCAUCAACUGGAACAUCGACUACAACGGUCAGAGCCCCCCGCCCGAGUCUGAGAAGGUGGUCACCGAGCUCACCGUGGUUCAGCGGGACAUCCAGGCCAUCCUGCCCCUGGCCAUGGACACGGAGAUCAUCAACACGGCAGUCCUGACCGGUCGCACCGUGGCCAUCCCCGUCAAGAUGGUGUCCAUCGAGAUGAACGGCGCCGUCACCGACGUCUCCGCCUUCGUGCAGUGCAAGUCGGCCAACGAAGACAUCGUCAAGGUCUCCAUGAAUUGCGACUACGUGUUUGUCAACGGCAAGGAGACGCGAGGCUCCAUGAACGCCAGGGUCAUCUUCAGCUACGAGCACCUGAGCGCACCCCUGGAGCUCACCGUCUGGGUGCCCAAGCUGCCUCUGCGGGUGGAACUGUCCGACGACAACCUGAGCUUCAUCAAGGGCUGGCGGGUCCCCAUCCUGCCCGACCGCAGGAGCACCAGGGACAGUGACGGCGAGGAGGACGAGGACGACCGGCGGGUGAGCCGAGGCUGUACGCUGCAAUACCAGCGGGCGCUGGUCAAAGUCCUGACGCAGUUCCACACCACGUCCAGCGAGGGCACCGAGCAGGUCAUCACCAUGCUGGGGCCCGACUGGCAGGUGGACGUCACCGAGCUGGUGCAGGACUCGCUCAAGGUGGCCGACCCCCGCGUGGCCGAGCUGGUGGACAGGACCGUCCUGGUCGGCCUGGAGCUGGGAUCCACCGUCUUGAAGGUGGACUCGCCGCUGGCCGUGGACGCGGCGCUGGGCCAGGCGGCCUUCGCCGUCACCGACGACAAAGUUUCCAUCAGCCAGCUGCGCGUCCACGCCGUGUCGGGGUUGAGCCUGGCGCUGCGGCCCAGCCCCGGCAACAGCCACACCUUGGUGGCCAAGGCCACCGGCCUCCAGACGCUCGCCGCCCCCAAGCAGGAGGCCAGCCUGUCGGUGUGGAUGCUUUUCAGCGACGACACGGCGGCCUCGUUGACCUACUUUGACCCCAAGGACUACAACUUCAACGCCUCGGCGCUGGACGACAAGGUGGUGUCGGUGUCGCAGGAGCCGCAGCAGCGUUGGCCGGUGGUGGUGGCGGAGGGCGAGGGCGAGGGCGAGCUGCUGCGCGUGGAGAUGACCAUCGGCGAGGCCUGCCAGAAAACCAAACGCAAGAGCGUCAUCGCCUCGGCCGCCGUCUACGUCAGGGUCCGCUUCGGCUCCGACGACGACGACGACUGGGACGAAGAGGGCGGGGUCGAGUCGCCGACGACGGCCGGGGGGCCCGACCCGGACGGGCGGCUCCAAGACACGUCCGACGAGCGCCCGGCCGGCGUUCCCAUCGGCUACACCGACCGGCCCACCGCGGGCAAGGCCGCGCGACCCGCCCCGACGGACGCGGCGGAGGGCGAGGAGGAGGACGAGGAGGACGAAGACGACUUUACGCCGUCGCCCCGCAACAUGAGCGACCUGGAGAUCGGCAUGUACGCCCUCCUGGGGGUCUUCUGCCUGGCCAUCCUGGUCUUUCUCAUCAACUGCAUCGUCUUUGUGCUCAAGUACCGGCACAAGCGCAUCCCGCCCGAGGGCCAGGUCAACACGGACCACUCGCACCACUGGGUCUUCCUGGGCAACGGCCGGCCGCCCGGGGCCCAGUGCGAGCUGGCGGCGCGGCGGGCGGCCGACAGCCCCCCCGAGCCGGCGGCGGCGGCGGAGGGCGGCGGCGGGCGGACCUGUUGCCACGGCGACCACCACAGCAGCGGCAGCUCGCAGACCAGCGUGCAGAGCGUCCAGGCGCACGGCCGCGGCGACGGCAGCUCGGGCGGCGAGGAGGCCGGCGGCUCGCCCACGUCCAAGCGCAAGCGGGUCAAGUUCACCACCUUCGCCACCAUGCCCGCCGCCGCCAACGACGACCUGCCCUACAACGCCGUCCCCGUCGCCGACGACGAGGACAUCCAGUGGGUGUGUCGGGACAUGGGCUUCCAGGACCCCGAGGAACUGCACGACUACAUGCGCAGAAUAAAAGAAAUGGCCUGAGGAAUCGCGGCGGGGGGGCGUGG